UUCAGUCGAGAUUCGGCCGUUCGUUUGUGCGCACAUUUUCGACCUAAGGGAUACUAUCCUGCGUACAGCCAGAAAAAACGGUGCUCCCAGAAAAGUUCUCAUCAAAGGAAUGAGAAAUGGACUUGUGCUGUAGUAUUCCUACAAUCUAGUCAGGCUGAUGUUGGUUUGUUGGUUGAAAAGUGAUUACGAAGCAGAAAAAACUGAUCUUUUCCCCUCAUUCAUCAGCAACGCGGAAGGGGCAGCCAUUAGUCAGUGGGUCAGUUAGACAGUGCUAGUGGUAGUAUCCGAAAAAGGAACCAGUGGGUGAGAAUAGUUCAUUGAAGGGGUUGCCUCGGAAUUGCAACUUGCCUCUUUUCGAACAAAUAAGGCUUCGCACGCGGAGACAAGCUUUAGCGACCAUCGUAACAAAGGGUGUUAGAGAGUGGUACUGUGAACGUGGAAAACGUCGAUCCCGUUGUCUUCGCCUUUCCGAGUACUCAGAAGAAAUUUCCUUAGAAUAAAGGAUAAAAGCGAAACGUGUAAUCUGCGAAAAAGUGGUGCAAUAAUGUGCAGAUUAAAAACGGCGAACUGAGAGGUGAAUGGAAAUCCUUUACUUUUAAGAGGGGACGCCGGUGUGAUGACAUCCCAUCAGUACAGUCACCGCUCUGGCAACGGGUAAAACAGGGCGGUAACAAAACUCUGCAAAUAGGGUAAGGCGAUGAAAAACCGUACCCCCUGCAAGCAGCGAAAAACUAGGCUUUCAUAGUAGCAGUGAAAGAAGUAGCGGUAUACCCAUUACCUGUUGUUGUAGUAGCUGGCGUAACUAAAAGGUUAUAAACAUGACGUGCAUAAAAAACUGUGGAUAUUAUUCACUUGGGAAGAGCGAUUCUUUAAUUGUGGCUCAGUUCUCAUAGAGAAAAAAAAAAUGGAAACAUAAAACACGGAGCGUCCACAUAAACAAUACAGCUGGUGGCGAAACAAAUGUUGUAAAUAUUUCUACUAAUUCCUACCACUAAAUUGCAUCACUACAACGCUAUCUAGAGCAAAAACUGGCAAGCGGCGGGGUGUACAAAUUAUGUUGAAACUAUUAAAUUGCCUCUUUUCAGUUCAACAAAUGCUCUAAAGUUCUUAACUAAAAAUAAACUGCAAUAGAGUUUGGCGUAGCAGGUGAGAACGAAUUCGAAUUAUAUGUUCGUUAGUGAGGGUGGAUUUUAUAUCCAGGUCUUCGAUUUUUGUUCAAAAGAGGCGAUAGUGAUUUGUGGGGCAAAUAUGUUCCAUUUAUUUAAGUUCCACCGACCAAGUGAAGCUUACGAUGCUCAUUAAUAAUAAAUUAAGUGACGAAGGUAUGAUGUGCGGUGGACUUUGCCGGUUGAAUUAAUUACUUGGUGUAGUAGUGAAUUUUUCACCAGGAUAUCCAGUUACCACAUUUACACUAAUACUAAUGUAAGUUCGAUUGUUGGCGCGAAGACGUCACAGUCAGUGGAAAAUACUCCUGCACGAAGGAAACGUUAGUGAGUUCUAUCGGCAGCAAAUGUUGUGAAAAAUGUUAGCAACGGGAAAGAAACCAGCUCGAGUGAAGAGAAUCCUGCACAACGCACAAAAGAGGUGCGCCCGCGCACACUAACACAUCCACAGCUGCAGACAUUUGCUGCUGUUGCGUGGUGUAAUAAAAAAAUUGACCGCCCUCAAUCCCGAUACGCCUUGGAGAACGGUCUGAUCAGUGCACCUGAAGUUUCGCAAAGUGUUUGGAAAUAGCCCAGUGAGUGUAGUAGUGAGUGAUAGAAACGCAGAUUGAUAUGUGAAUGUCUGUGGCGGACGAUAACGCCGGAUAACGGCGGCGAGAGCCAAGAGUUUGCGUUGCGGGUGCUAGCGCGUUGCUUACCGCAUAACAAGAACUAGAACGUCUGGGCCAUGUCAGUGACUAAACGUCAACCACCAGCAGCUCUGUUCGAAUUGCCGCUGUCCAUCCAGUUACCGUCGCCCUGGUCGCUGUCGCUAACGUCGUUAAGCCAAUCACCUACAUCUCCUUCGAUACGAUCGGCCUCACCGUGCCCGUCGGUGUCGCUGUCGUUGCUGUUCAUUCGCAGCGGUGUCCUUAGGAGUGGCAAAAAAUCCGCUACCCUCCUGUCGUUAGAUGGCCCUAUGGUGGGCGAUCGCGACCGAGAGCGUGAAGCGGUGCGCUGGGAACUGGGGGAAACUACGCCACCCCCCUUCAACAAUGGUGGACCGGGAACCACAAUGUGCAGCGGUUCAGCAGCGCAAGGUGGUAGCUUUGACGAUGGCGGUACUACCACUACAACGAACAUCGGAGGCAUGGGUGGAGGUGCAGGUGGCGGCAGCUCAGGAGGCCUCGGCGGCGCUGGCCUCCCGAGUGGUGGCGGAAUGGUUGGCGGAGGAGGACCGGGCGGUGGCACUUCGGGCGGUGGAGGAAGCUCGAAGGAAGUCCGCUACGCGCCGUUCCCCUUGCAGUCCCCGUCGCAUCCCGCCUCCGCAAGCUUUGCACAAAUGUCCCAGGCACCGCUACAAAGGGCACAUUCCAGAUCAAUGUCAUCAAUACCACCGGAGCCCUUCAUGAUAAUGCGAUCGAAGGCGCUCAACCGACGUGUGCUGAUCAACGUAGGUGGCGUAAAGCAUGAAGUCCUUUGGCGAACCCUCGAACGACUACCGCACACACGACUAGGGAGACUGCGCGAGUGUAACACGCACGAAGCAAUAUCGGAGCUUUGCGAUGAUUACUCAUUAAUAGACAACGAAUACUUUUUCGAUAGACACCCAAAGAGCUUCAGUUCCAUACUUAAUUUUUACCGCACCGGAAAGCUUCAUCUGGUGGACGAAAUGUGUGUGCUGGCGUUUAGCGACGACCUCGAGUAUUGGGGUGUCGACGAACUGUAUCUGGAGUCUUGCUGUCAGCAUAAGUACCAUCAACGAAAAGAACACGUGCACGAGGAAAUGCGAAAAGAGGCGGAAAGUUUACGACAACGGGAGGAGGAAGAAUUCGGCGAUGGGAAAUGCGCACAAUAUCAAAAGUACCUUUGGGAACUGCUCGAGAAACCGAAUACUAGUUUUGCUGCUAGGGUAAUUGCCGUGAUAUCUAUUCUCUUCAUAGUAUUAUCUACGAUAGCUUUGACACUCAAUACAUUACCGUCCCUGCAAUCCGAACAUAACGGCACCUCUCAGGACAAUCCCGAACUAGCGAUGGUUGAGGCGGUGUGCAUCACCUGGUUCACGCUCGAAUACGUCCUGCGAUUUAGUGCCUCGCCGGACAAGUGGAAAUUUUUCAAAGGCGGCCUCAAUAUAAUUGAUCUGUUUGCCAUUCUGCCCUAUUUUGUGUCCUUGUUCCUGUUGGAGACCAACAAGAACGCUACGGACCAGUUCCAGGAUGUGCGCCGGGUGGUGCAAGUCUUCCGCAUCAUGCGCAUCCUGCGAAUCCUUAAGCUGGCCCGACAUUCAACGGGCCUGCAGUCGCUAGGCUUCACGCUGAGAAAUUCCUACAAGGAGCUGGGUCUGCUAAUGUUGUUCCUGGCAAUGGGCGUACUCAUAUUUUCGUCCCUCGCAUACUUUGCCGAAAAAGACGAGCCUCAGACCAAGUUUGUAUCUAUACCCGAAACAUUUUGGUGGGCGGGAAUCACCAUGACAACGGUUGGCUACGGGGACAUCUACCCCACUACUCCGCUUGGAAAAGUGAUUGGUACCGUGUGUUGCAUAUGCGGCGUACUGGUAAUCGCAUUGCCCAUUCCUAUCAUCGUUAACAAUUUCGCUGAAUUUUACAAGAAUCAGAUGCGGCGGGAGAAGGCCCUGAAGCGGCGUGAGGCCCUCGAUCGUGCCAAACGCGAGGGAAGUAUUGUUAGCUUCCACCAUAUCAACCUACGCGAUGCCUUCGCCAAGAGUAUGGACCUGAUAGAUGUCAUUGUUGAUACUGGUGAACAAAGUGAUCUGUUGGAAUCGCCAGAUGAAUCCGUUCUAGCCACACCGUUGGCAGCCAGACGCCGGCAGCCACCACUAUCCUCCAGAUUGGCAGAACUGAAUGAAGAACUACGAGCCGAAUCACCGAGACACAAUCUCUCCAUAGCGGACGGUAAUAGCACAGAGGAAGGGGAUUCGGUGAGUGGUGGCCGCAAUCCCGCCAUGACUGGUGGUGGCUGCUACAAAAACUACAAACAUUCCGCUGGAUUGAGGAAACGAGAAAAUUCGCAGUCUGAAAAUUAUCCGCAGAACUCCACGGGACCUAUGGAUCCCGAUGCAGCACCGCCCUACAGCCCUACAAUGCAGCAUCACAACAUAAUGAUGGAUAUAGACGCGACGGAAGAGCAACAGUUGAUCAUGCAGGACACGCCGCAACAUGGGCCGCCUGUCAUGAUGGCCACUAGGGCGUACUACAACAAUCAGUGGAGCAAUGAGGAAGUAGAAGAACUACGACGACAAGUUGCUUUAGAAACUUCUUCCACCAGUAAGCGGGACAAAUCCGAUACUGAACUGCCAUCCGAGUUUGAGUGUUGUUUUUGCACGUCAAAGGAGUACAAAGAGUUUAUAGACGCGGAAGGUUUAAUGCCACUUCCCACUUCCGAUUUCCACACGACGGUCUGCUUAGAGAUGCGUAUGCUGAAGAACAGCACGAACAAUAACUGUAUCGCCCCACCAGCACAAUUUGGUCCAAGUACAAUAUCAUAUCCAUAUCCGUAUAUGGAUACACCAAUCAAACAUUCUAAUAACUGUAAUAAUAGUAAUGUUAAUAAUAAUGUCAACGGUACCAGUAACAACAAUAACGCUAAUGUUAGUAAUAACACUAGUAAUAGCAACAACGGUGAUUUAGCUAGUGUUGAUAGUUCCGAUACCUACGCUAGUUGUCAAACGCAUCCAUUCCUGUCACAAGGUGAUCUAACAUCUGAUAUUAUGGAUAUGUCCUUCGACUUAGAUACGCUAGAUACGAACAAUCUGUACAUAAAUCCUCUCGAAAAAGAUACUCAGCAGCAGCGUUCCGCAGGUAGAGCCCAAGUGAAGAAAAGUAUAUCCGGGGACACUGGGCUGAGGAGUCUUGGUGCCAGCCCGAUGGACGACGAGUACAAGCAGUUCCAGGCCUCCUUCGAAACAACCGAUCGGGGCAGUCGUGUUAGCCUAAAUGAGACUCCGGUACCCAAGCAUCGGAAGACCCGCUUUCAACAGGGUGCCACAUCUGCAGUGAUGGCUACUACUGCCCGGCCCAAGACUCGGUUUGAAAACCUUAAAUCGUCUAUUGAAAGUCUCGAAGGGUCUGGCACCGCAACAUGUACCGCUGUCAGCAGUAGUAGCACAAAUAAAAAAACACGCAGAUCUUCCUUCAUGCCAGCCAAAAGCAUAGCAUCGGCGACCAAACUCAUAAACCAGCAUCUGUUUGGUAUUCAAAAUCCAUCGCCCAGAGGUAAAGAAGAUACUAAAAAAUUAUCAUUGUCCAUAGAUUCGAUAGAAACGUCACCUCAAUUAGAAACACACCGACGGUCGAAAUCGAUCCUAAAAAAUAAAUCAGAAGCGUCCAGACUUUUGUCCGAUCCAGAGAGCGAAAGACUAUUGGCAGACAAUAUGUCUGGAUCCGGUGUCUCGGAUAACGGUGCCACGAUGGGGAGCGACUCAAAUACUGACUACUCUGGAUGUACUAUGAUCGCCACCUCAAUCACCCCGAUUGCACAAAGGCAUCGUUUGGUCCAUCAACGUUCAACUCCGGCUUCCUUGGGCAGCAAGACACCGGCCAAAUUCCAACAGCCUCGUUAUUCGCAAGAAGAAGUUGCUCGCCAAAAUAAACCGCAACUGACCAGGGGUGUGGGAAUCGGAACGUAUGUCGACCAUCUUACUGGUGAUCGCCGACUCGACAAGGGAACUCGUGAAAGUAGCACAGAAUCGGAAACAGCGUUUUCAACAUAUCUUGCAGCUAGUAACAACAGCAAUAAGGACAAAACAUCGUUUGCUGGAAGUAGUCUGACCUCUAGUGACGAGAGUAAAACCACCACUAGCAGGGGUAACUCAAUGGAAAAUCACGGCGGAAGUAGCGGCUAUGGAGCAUCGUCGUCGUAGCAAGACGCCACCAAUCCACACCUCAACGAAAAAUACUGAAACUAGCUAAUGUAACCAAUCUGUAAGUACGCUACUCUACACUUUAAGACUUUAGCAAUCAACAAUUCAAAAAUGUGCCGACAAAAACAGAUUCAAGAAAAUCACAAUGUUAAUAUGUAAUCAAAAAUAAAUACAACAAUUGAGACGCAAGAUACACUAAGACCUUUUAAAGACAUUCGUUUAUUUCACACUAAAAUAAGGUAAUGCAAAAAACGAAGCAAAUCGAUCAUUAUAUCACUAGGAACACGACAAAAUAUGAAUGUUUACAAAUGUAGGGAAAAAUGAUAUUAGCCGCUACUACAUGCACUGAUCGUCAAAUGCAUCGAUAAAUAUCGCCACACGCACUAAGCUAAUCUAAACUAAUGCCUGCUGUUUUAAGCUGAUUAGAGAAACGAACAACAAACCAUCAGAACAAUUCCGUCUGCAUCAGAGUGAAAACGUGGUCAGGCGUAAACUACCCUCACCGCCAUCUUCAAACUCUGGAAUGUUGCUUUGUGCUUCAGUUGACUUCGCAACAGCAACCAACUCCACCGCUAUGGAAGGUGACCGCCCGUCUGUGCAACUCGACCCACCCAAUCAACCAAAGCUAGUCGGACGCUUGACUCCAUUAGUCAUGUGCUUGAACGAGUUUACGUUUAUCCACACGUGUAUAAAAUUUCAAUAAAAAGUGAGAUAAACCAAAACCCAUAACUUUUUUAGCAAUCAUUGGGCGAAAAAGUGAAGUGCUAACCAAAAUUAAACGAUUCAAAAAAGACUCGAACUUGAUUUUAAGUAACUUUCUCCAAAUAUUAUGAAACCAAGCAAAAAUGCACGUGAGAAUGGAAAUUAAAAAAUAAUCAAUAAGUGAUAUUCAUUUUCUAAGAAGUAAUCAAUUUUUAUUGAAUUGUUUAUGCGAUAAAACGCAAUUCGCUGUGAAAAAUAAACCCACUCAGAGCAAGGAGUAGGACAGAGGUGAACUUACUCAAUUUAACACAUUGCAGUAUUUGAAGAAAGUUUGUUUUGUCUUUUUGGUAUACAAAUGUUAAUCUGGAUAAAAAAAUACUUAAGUUUCACUGGCUCUCUACAUACUUUGCUGCAUUUUAUGUCAUCAAUUGGAUAAAGGAGAGCGUUAUUCAACAAAGCAAAGACUAUCAGGUUUGGGAAAAAUAUUUUGUAAAAAAAAACAACUAUGCGUCAUUCAAGGAUUGUAGUUCAACCAUGAUAGUAUCUCCAAAAGUGUUAGUCUGCGAGUUCAUCAUAAAGUAAUUUAUAGCGAAUUUCAUUAUUUCACGGAGUCAGUGGAAAUCUACGCAGUAAUAGAAAAGCGAUAUUGCGUUUUACGAUGCAAGAAAGAGAUGCCAGAUAGCCCCAAGUGGGCUCUGCGAAUAAAGAAAUUCGCUAUUAGUUUGUUUUCUAUUCUUCUCGCUCUUUAGUGCUUCUUUAUACAGAACUGAAUGAUUUUUCCAAUAAGCGAAUGAAAUAGUAAAUACUACCGUAAAGUUUAAAAUUAUGAGAGAGUGAGGAGUUACAUACUCAUCGCAAUGACAAACUCGUUAACGACGACAUUCACUUGCUAAUCCGUUCUCUAUGAUUGCACUUGUUUCAUUCGAGAAAAUUCAAAACUCAUAAAAUGACGUUUUUAAACUACCUAACGAUUACGCGUGUUGUUUUGUUGAACAAUAUUUCGAGCGCUAAAUAGUUUUUGAUUUACUUAUUUCAAUGCUUACCAGAUGCAAAAAAAUGGUUAUGAAUGAUAAUAUGGUUUAUAUCAAAUUCUUCAUCGACAAGCAAUUUCUGCAAAUGUUAUUACUCGAAACUAAAUAAUUUUCCCUCGCCUCUAUCUCCAAGCAUAAUUAGGAUUUCGGACAAUCAAUCAUUUAUUGCAAUCCACGCGAAAAACAACAUAAUAUUCGUACAAUACAGCUUAAAACAAGACGAUAGAGAAAGACAACCGAAUUUCACUUAACUCCUUUCUGACCUAUUUAUAGAUGUUGAAAAUUCAAUAGGAAGUUAUUUAUCCAAAACACAAUCAGUCUUUGACCUUCGCUGAGCAUUGCACCAGUCCAUUUGAUUUCUUCUACAACACGUACAAAUGUCGUAGUGAAAAGCAAAAAUAACAAUGCGGAAGAGAAAUGGAUCAAUCGAAAGCAAUACACAAUCUUUAAUAUUACUUAUACGUUUCGUGACAAACACACAAUGAUCUAUAGAAGAAAAAAAAUCGAAAGAGCACUUUGAGUCAACUUACAAUAUAAAAUUCAUACACGAUACGAAAAACAGAUUGAUCAUUUAUAUCUGUCACACUAGCGUAGACAGCAUACCUAAUCUAUCACGAAUUAUAGGAGGAAUAAUUUUUAAUACUUGAAUUGAAUGUGCUGCCAGCUUCGCGAAAAAAGAACAAAUAGGUACGUCAAAGCAGGCACGCAACGGAUAGUCGCCGGAUAAUUUUAACGAAAACAACGCGGUUGUAUAACAAUAAGUUGGUUCAAGCGUAGGAAUGUUUCUUCUUCGUGGCGAAAACAUAAAAGAAAACUUCAGUGCAUCGUUCACAGUGGAAACAACCAGAUUUUUCUCAGAAUGUGAAAUAAAACGAUAAAAAUAAGAAUAUUAAAAUGAUGGCUUAUAUCUGUGAUUUAAUUAAACAAAAAGAGUAAAAGUUGAGAAUGUUACUAUAACACUGUAUAUUGAAAAAGGUAAAUUUUAAACUAUGUUAACAUUUAAAAAUAUGAAAAUGUGCUUUUUAAAUAUUUUCGAUACGAAGACAUUAUAUAUACAAAAUGAAAGUAAAAAUAUAAAAACCGUAAACAGGAGGAAAUUACAAACAGCCGAUUACUUUGGAUCGCGACAUGCCAGGAAACAGAAACCAAAUAAUGAAAAAAAAAAAUGAGGAUCUAUUAUAAUUAUAUAUGAAUGUGUAAAGAAGCCGCUAAAUCUACAAAAAUAUAUAUGCCACUACAUGCUUUAGAUAGUAAGGAUAGAUAAGUAACCUAUGCGAAGGGUUAAGUAGUAAAAUUAAUGCAAAAUGAUUUAUGUUUUAACCAACAGUUAUCAAUUAUUAUCAAUUAUUCAGAUCUCUAUUUUAUUGAACUAGUUUGUUUUUUUUUUGUUCACACCUAGUUAUCGAACUUUAAGUACCGAUUCCACUAUUAUUAGGCUUGAAUAUAAGUGAAUGUCUUUCUUUCUUUAAAACACCCAUCAAAGUUUUUAUUUGCACUAUUAAUUACAGUUUGGUACCAUAAGUGUACCCUUUAGCCUAGCUGUAUAGUUUACAUCCAAAUUUACGGAGUUACACUUCAUUACAGUUUUGCAUGAUUUGAAAUGAAAGACAUUUCCUUGUUUAUAAGCGAUAAGUAAUUUGCAUGUAUUUGGUAAUGACGAUAACCCGUUAGUGAUAUAGAAUUUAAUCUAAGUUAAGUAGUCACAUGUUGAAAGAUGCAUAGGCGAAGUUCCAUUGUGGCUUACGUGAUGUUUGGAAUCGCUAGAAAUAAACAUGUUUAAGAUUUAUAACCUUCUAGUGCCAUCGGAAAGUCACAUAUCUAUGUUGAAAGAAUUCCAAAUACGUUGCAAUAGAAAUAUGUUUUCAAAUUAAGCACUAUAAAGUAUAUAGUAAGAAUGAAGAGCUACUCAGUUCGCAUGAAAAGUAUUUGCUAAUCGCUUUGAGUUAUAGUUGGAAAUUUAAAUGUAAAUCGCCCUUCUUCUUUCGAGAACAUGUGACAUUUAUCUGAUAAAUUAUUUUGCCGGUCUGAAGAGCCCUUCAUUUCUUAAUAUCUUAAAUCCAUUUCAGUUCGAAUAUGUAAACCUGUAUGUUAAAAAUAAUGAAUGAUUGGAAUAAUCAUUAUUAACAGAAAUAAUUUUCAGUCAUCCUAAACCCUUUAUUAAAUUAACGAACAAACAAAUAUUUUAUCGCUUAUUGAUUCUUACAUUCUAUUUAAGCAAGUCCUAUAACUUGAAACCCUCAAUUUUUAUCAUCAAUUGUAUGAAACACUAUGAGUUUCGAGAAAAUCUUUCGAGUUUUUCAAUGGCAUUAGCUCCGCAAGGCAAACCCUUUUUCGAAAAGUUUGAUGAACUUUCUAAUUCUUGUUUUCUUUGAAUUAUAAAUUAACAGAUUACUUGUUCGGAGAUUAACGAUGAUCCGAGCGAAACUUCAAUGGCGAGUAAUGAGUUUCUGAAACUGUGCCUGUACAUUGAGACGGCUUUCGUUAAGAAACUAUGACUAAUAAUAAUAAAUGUCAUGUCAUAUAACAAUGGUUGAAAGAUUGAAAUUGAGAGAUAUCCACAAUCUACAACAUUUUGAAACCAGUUCUGAUUGGAUAAACAACGGUGACUCAUACUUAGAAAUGUGAAUGACCAAAAAUACACCUAGAGGAAUUCAAUGGAUUUAUGUAAUUUACGAUUGCGUUUUGUACUGAACUUUCAGCUCUCAAUUUUUGCCACGCGGAUUACCAAAUUUUAUUACAUUCUACGGCUUACGAAUAUUCUUGCUCUUUUAUAUCAAAUUCAUUUCAUUUUUUUCGUAAAUAUUGAUUCAGUCAAAAGAUAACACAAACAAAUUAAAAUAAAUUUAGGAACAACUGAACACAAUGCAUAAUAAAACGAGCGCGGUUUGGUAACGUCCUAAUUUCCAAAAACAAACAGAAAAAUUUUAGAAUUAAAUCAAUGAAUACAAUAUUUCGGUAAAUAAAAAAUACUAUAGAAAACUUUUGAAAAUUAUAAAAUCCGAGCAUUCAGUGAUCUAGAAGAAAAAAAAUAUUAUAAGGCAUGUAAAAACAAAAUUAUGAACGUUUAGGCAAAUGUUAUUCAUUCCCAGUUCUGAUCCAAAUGUUGGCAUAUAAUUAGUCUUCAUCUGAGUUUGUUUUGUUGAUAACCAAUAGAAUUCUUAUGAAUCAUUGAGCAAAAGUCAAUGCGUUACAACCGACAGGGGCUAAAAUACUGAUACUGUAACCUAAUAACAAUAAGAAUACUUGUUUCGUUAAGGAUCGUUAUCUAUUACUUAAAUUAUUUUCUUACACAUCCGAAGACAUCAGAUUAUUCCAUGGAUCAUUAGCUAAUAAAUGAAUUUAUGAAACAAAUUUUAUACAACCGCGUUGCAAAUACGCGCAAGUAAUGUUUAGCGAAAAAUGUUAUGUCAUGAUCGAAGAAAGAAGCAUAAGAUUAUUUAACUACAUAAGCAGUACCUAUGUGGAGAUCCAUUUUGUUCAGCGGGUCAUAUUCGAAUUCAAUGUUGCUAAAAAUAGUCACACAUAUCCGCUAGUUUUUGAUCAACAAAUAUAACAAUAUCGAAGCACAUAUGUCCAAUACCCUGAACCGUUCAUUUAUCGUUAGUCAAAUGAAUUGAAUUGAAAAUACCAAUAUUGGUCAUUAUUCUUUUUACCCACCCGUUUGAAGUAAAUCAAAUGACAAAAGUAUUCAAAUUUCGCGUCAUCGCACCCGCCAAAUGUAAAAUAUUAAAACAAAUAGUAUCAGUGUUUUCUUGUUUAAAAGCGAGCAAGUAUCAAGAUCCUGUGCUUUGUAAUGUGCGAAACCGGAUGAGCAAAAAUUACAAUUGAUAUAUGGUGAGUUGAGCGGAUAAAAUGAAAUAGUCUCCACUAUUUACUAUUCAAUGAUCACUAAUCGAAAUCGACUACGCCUAUGCGACUGCAUUCUGCCAUUUCAAAAGCAGAUAAUAGAUUAGAAGCAGGCAACCAAAUGUAUCCUACUCGCAUCAACGGUAUGAUACUGCAAUAGGUUAAAAAGUUUUAUUUUUAUUGCCAUUUUAAUCAACAAUAACAAAUGGGAAACUGUGAAAAAGUCUAUACAAAAUUCAGAUGAAAAUAAAAACAUUUUUAUUAAUUA